AUGCACAUCUCCACCAUCCCUCUCACCCCCUUCUUCCUCUCCCCCCUCCUCUCGUCCACCCUCAUCACAGCCGCUACUCGAGAACCCAACCCCAUCCAACUCUCCCCCAUCCUCGACAUCCUCAAAGAAAUUGGCAACGCGCCACCGCCCUCGUUCCUCUGGACGCCUCGCCCAUCUCCUAGGUGCGCGGCCGUCAACGCGGGGGAGCUGCAGUGCUGCCAGGGGACGUUAGCAGGCGACCUGCCGCUGAUCCAAUGGCUCGCGGCGCUGUAUGGGUACCGGUUGAAUCCGAACGAUGUUAAUGGUGUUCUGUGUAAGUUUGUCAAUUCAAUACCUGCCUGA